AUGGACAAUUUGUGGACCCGGCGCUCGAACACCAGCAAGCUGUCUUUGUCCACGGGAAAUCCUACUACGAAUGGCGCUCUUCCUUCGAAUGACCACCCUACUCGAAACUAUACGCUGGGCAGACGACAUGGAGACUCAUCUUCGCACAGUAACAAAAAUCCCUUCAACGCGAUGAGCCCUUCAACCAGCUCCCUUGCCUCACCAACUGCUGGUGCAGCAAGCGCAUUUGGCCUAGGAUCUGGCGCUUUUGCGUCUUUUGGAUCUUCCAAGACUCCGAAAACCCCAGGCGGUGCGCUGGACUUCAGUAGCGUCGUGGGAGCGGCGGCAAGGACUCCAACGGCAGAGAAGCAGAUCAAGGACCUAGGCACUAAGCCCUCGAAGGCAUCCCUCACAGACUCAAAGACCGCAACUCCUCCCCCAAUACAUUCAUUAAGGCAUAGCUGGGUGUUCUGGUUCCGCCCGCCAAUUUCCAAGUCGAACGGCUUUGUGGAAUAUGAAAAGACCUUGCAUCCUAUGGCAAGCUUUGGAACAGUGGAGGAUUUCUUUGGCAUCUACCAGCACUUGAAGCGCCCUUCGACUUUACCUCUCGUCUCCGAUUACCACAUAUUCAAGAAAGGCAUUCGACCGGUUUGGGAGGAUGAUGAGAAUAAGCGGGGUGGCAAGUGGAUUGUGAGAUUGAAGAAGGGAGUGGCGGAUCGGUACUGGGAGGACCUGCUCUUAGCCAUUGUAGGCGACCAGUUUGCAGAAGCUAGUGAGGAGGUUUGUGGAGCGGUGCUCAGUGUCCGGAAUGGAGAGGACAUUUUGAGCAUCUGGACCCGCAACAACGGCGGGCGGGUCCUGAAGAUUAGGGAGACGAUGAAGCGCAUUUUAAUCUUCCCUCCAGAAACGAAGGUCGAAUGGAAGUCUCACGACUCCAGUAUCCAACAACGAACCGCGAUAGACGAUGCUAGAAAGGAGAAGUCAAGCCAGCAUAAUCAUCAUUCUGCGCACCCGCGUAAUGGAAGUAAGGAUAUCGAACAGUCGUCCCCUGAGAAGAAGCAGACUUCAUAA